AGCUUCGCUUUAGUUUAUGAUCGUCCCUUGGCCAUAUCAAGUCAAAAGGUCGUUUAACUUUUGAGUCAAAAUGAUAAGUCCGGUCAUAAUGCUUAUUCUGACGAUCGGCAUUGAAGGAUCUUUUUUAAAUUAUGGACCGUUGACCGAUAGUAAUCCAGAAUUUUAUGAACUAAGAUGCCCAAAUAACUGUGUGUGUCAACAUGCACCCUUUGAUGAGCUACCUGUUGCACGUUGGAUAACGAAUACGACUAAAAAAAAUGUUAAUGACAUGUUUCAACUACCAGCACACGCAAAACUUGCCACGUGCCUUUUACAGAUAAAAAGCGAGACUAGCAAUUUACUUAAUGCGCUUCCAAUAGAUUUGAAAGCAUUAAUUUUGCUGUACAUUGGCAGCCAUGAACAUCAAUUUUUAUUAAACUCCAGCAGUCUGCGAAAAUUCAGUCACCUCACAACUUUUGAGUUUCGAGGAAAAGGAGCUGUUUUGAUUAUUGAUGAACCUUUGGACUUCUUGUUGCAUGCCAAUUUCGAACAUAUUUUAUUGCAAUCCAGUGACAGUUUAAAGCGUCCUAAGCUCGAAAACUUUCCCAGUAAAGAGUAUGAGUACAGGCCCCCUACACAGCUUUUUUCUUCUAACGAGUAUCCUGAUAAAAACCUUAUUCAAUUUAAAGAUGAGGCCGCAGAAAUUAUAACAUAUGAAGAACACGUGCAAAAACUAAAACAGACUCGAAUGCCAAGUUUUUACGGAUGGGACAAACUAGAAGUUUUGCGCAUUCAUGGAUGCCAUCUAAAAGAGAUUCACUGGCAAAUGUUUAAUGGUUUAACGAACUUAAAAUACCUCAGUCUAGAACGGAAUGCAAUUAAGGAGCUUCCAUCUUUCGCCUUCUCGGGGGCUUUGCAUCUUAAAAGUAUUUCACUAGCUCAAAAUGCGUUGGUUCGAUUACAUUAUUUAAGCUUGGCUGGACUGCUUGAUCUGGAGAUACUUGAUCUUUCAGACAACCAAUUAAGCCGCUUGAGCGAACAAUGUUUCCCUCCUCUUCCAAAAUUACUUAAAGCAGAUCUGCGAAAUAAUCCAAUUAAACACAUUUUUCCGGCAACAUUUUGGGUAAUGAACUCCACUAGAGAGCUAAAAAUGGGUAGCGAAAUGGAGGCGCUUGAUCUGCGAACUUGGAACAUUUACGGACAGUUCGAUUCCCUUUUUCAACUAAAAACGCUAAGUCUGAGUAAUGUUUCUACCGAAGCAAUGGAGCAGGGGUUGUUUAAGGGUCUUUACGGCUUAGAAAUUCUUACAUUGCGUGGCAGUAUAAUCAGCAUACAAUAUGAUGCAUUUGCAGGAAUGGAAAAACUAAGGGACAUCGACAUAAGCCACUGCAUGAUACGGGAGUUAUCAAUGGAUGCCUUUAUUGGGGCGAAAAAAUUGCAGCUGCUUAAUUUAAGUCAUAAUUGUCUUAGUUAUUUUCCCCCAGGGCUGCUUGAUGAGCAGCUACAGCUUCAUGAGGUUCAAUUGCAGGGGAACCAGCUUACAUCGCUUUCAUACAGUUUUUUUUACUUGCCCCGGUUGCGAGUAGUCCGCCUUGACCAAAAUCCUUGGCACUGCACCUGCCAAAUGAGUAACUGGACACCGCGUAUUACAAAUGUAAUGCGAGGUCCUAUAGCAGAGAACUGUAGGAAUGACAUCAGCGGAAAUCCCAACUCGUGCAGGAUAGUAACGACUUAUAAAAUCAAUAAAAAUAUAGUCCCACGUUGCGCAAAUUUUAAUGGACGAAGCGUGUACUACGUACUUCGUAAGCAGCUUCAUUGUGGUUCGAUGGAAUUUCUUCAUCACUCGUUCCAAAAAAGGAUUGAAAGUAAAACAUUUCCUUACUGGCUAAAGCUAGAACUGCAAGGACAUGAAAAGAGAAAUAGUCGGUCUAGGUUGCAAACUUACAAAAGUAUCCAUCAUCAACACCCCAAAAGCAUCGUGCCUGGCCUAAAGCAAUAUAUGCAAAAAACGACUCAAAUGCCUCAGCUCUCAGAAAUAUCUAAUGAAAUAUGAGAGAUUAAGGAAAAUAAUUUCAACUUAGAUUAAACAAUGUAAAACAAAAGGACUGGGUUUUAUUCUUACCAGCAACAUUAUGUUUUAAGGGAAUGUAUAUGCUUCCAUUAUACAACAAAAAUUUUAACAAUAAAACUACUUCCGCUGGUUAAUCUUGCAAUUGCAAGACGCGCUUAA